GCCUUUCGUCUCAUUCCAGCCGGCACGUGCUUUCGUCUUCUGAAGUACUGCCUACGUUGAUCUCACCUCCUUCUGAACUAUCUCGUCUAGUUCUACUUCAGCGUAUCCGCACAGUCAAAAUGAGCGACGAGUCGACCAACAUCCCCGCUGACCCUGCGGAACGAUUCGCAAUCGGUAUCUCGUUUGGCAAUACUUCCAGCUCGAUCGCUCGCCUCUCCCCUGAGGGAAAAGCUGAGGUUAUCGCCAACGAAGAGGGAGAUCGUCAAAUCCCAUCAGUUUUGUCCUAUAUUGAGGGAGAGGAAUAUCACGGUACCCAGGCCAAGUCCCAGCUCAUCCGCAACCCCCGGAACACCGUUGCGUAUUUCAGGGAUUAUCUCGGCAAGGAUUUCAAGUCGAUAGACCCUACACCAUGCCACCAGUCCGCACACCCCCAACAGAGCGACUCAACCGUGGCCUUCUCUAUCCGUGAUACGAGCAGUGAGGAACCCAGCACUGUAACCGUCUCUGAGAUCACGACCCGUCAUCUCCGUCGUCUGAAGCAGUCUGCAUCUGACUUCCUUGGUAAAGAAGUCAAUGCCGUUGUCAUCACCGUUCCUACAGACUUCUCCGAUGCUCAGCGCGAAGCUCUUAUUGCGUCAGCCAAAGCUGCUGGUCUUGACGUUCUCCAGCUUAUCCACGAGCCUAUUGCUGCCAUCCUCGCUUAUGAUGCCAGGCCCGAAGCUACAGUGACAGAUAAACUGGUUGUGGUUGCUGACCUCGGUGGCACACGGUCUGAUGUCGCCGUUGUUGCAUCUCGCGGAGGCAUGUAUACCAUCUUGGCCACUGCCCACGAUUACGAACUGGGAGGUUCUUCCUUGGACCAGAUCGUCAUCGAUUACUUUGCCAAGGAAUUCAUCAAGAAACACAAGGUUGACCCGCGCGAGAACCCCCGCGGUCUUGCCAAGUUGAAGUUUGAGGGCGAGGCCACAAAGAGGGCCCUUAGUCUGGGUACCAACGCUAGCUUGAGCAUUGAGAGUCUUGCGGACGGAAUUGACUACGGCUCUACUAUCAACAGGACGCGUUACGAGCUGCUAGCGGGUAAGGUCUUUGGUCAGUUUACCAGCCUCAUUGAGUCCGUGGUCAAGAAGGCGGGUCUGGAUGUCCUUGACAUUGAUGAGGUCAUCCUGUCCGGCGGAACUUCACACACCCCUAAGAUUGCCCAGCUGGUCCGGAACAUCUUCUCUGAGAAGACCAAAGUCCUUGCUCCCUCGACGACAACUACUGCCAUAAACCCCUCGGAAUUGGCCGCCAGGGGUGCGGCUAUCCAGGCUUCCCUCAUUCAAGAGUUUGACAAGGAGGAUAUCGAACAAUCCACGCACCCUGCAGUUACCGUUACCCCUCACCUUAAGAACGCAAUCGGUGUCGAAUUUGUUGCGGGAGAUCACCUUCACUUCAAGCCGCUCCUUAAUUCUGAGACUGCUCUCCCCGCACGCCGUGUUGCGCGGUACUCUGUAUCGAAGGAUGGUGGCGAUGUUCUAGUCCGCAUCUGCGAGGGUGUUCGGCACAUCAAGGUUACCAAGCCCGAGCCCAAGCCGAAGGAGGAGAAGCCCGCGAAGACAGAAGAUGAUGAGGACGAGGACGAGUCGGAUUUCUCUUCGGAAGAGGAAGACGAUGAGAUCCGUGAGUUGGUCUGGAAGACCGAGAAGCCCAUCGCCGAACUGGCUGUCAAGGGCGUUAAGGCCCAAGGCAAGGUCGAGAUUAUGGUCCAUGUGAACUCUGACUUGAGCCUGCAGAUUACUGCCAGAGAAGUUGAUGGCCAGAGUGCUGUCCGCGGCGCCGUUGAGGCCCCCAAGGCCUAAAAAGCUAUCGAUCAUCUUGGAACCAGUUUGUGCUUGCUUUACAAAAUAGAAUCUGCAACGUCAUGGAUAAUGUUUUUCCUUGUCUUUCUACCAUAUAUUUGCAUUCUCAUUGAAAAAGGUUUUUCACAUCGUAAACGUCUUAUCCAUUUGCAUUCUGCAUUCCUCCUUUCCACACCCAUGUCUGCCCUGGUCCAGCAGAACAGCUCACUAUGUCCACCUCUCAGCGCCGUUUAUUUCAACUGCUUCAUGCUGCGAGGGUCGUUCGCCGAACCAAGAGAGGAGAAAAGCAACAAGAUUAAUUGAAUGUAUAUAUAGACCAUCAACGCAAUAGACAAGUCGGAAAAUACUACUACUUCGCUGUUGCUCCUCAUAUACCUAUCAUAACACAAGAAAGAUUAGAUACAGGCGAAGUUUUCAACCAACUGCAGGAUCUAAUCUCACCACAACCAAUACAAAAACCUCCCCUACUCUCUGUUGUUGCAUGAUAGCAAGAUAUUGACAUUAUGAUUAUGAUUAUGAUUAUUUCAUUAAUAAUUAUCAAUGUUGUAGAUAAAUCAGACUGCUAAUCAUGGCAGGUCUCCAUAUCGAGUGAGACGAUGACCUUCAAAGAAGGGCUUUGAUCAAAAAGGUGCAGCCAAGCCCG